AAAGUGAGCAUAGCAUUGAACCAUUGGACAUUGGUGUGUGAGCGAAGAAAUUCGUCAAGAGAGAGAGAGAGAGACGAUGAAGUCGUUGGCGAGACCAUGGACUACCUUCACCUUCUCCCCAUUCUUACGCUUCCACCCAACCAAUCCCACUCUACCUAACUCCUCUCCUCUCUUUUCUCCAACAUCUUCUCCGUCUCGUCUUUCCAUGGCUGCUCUGAAUCAAACCGUUUCACCAGCAAAAUCUCGAGGUGGCGAUGAGGAUGAUAUCGAUGUCUUUCAGUUGAUUCAGUCUCAUCAGGAAAAGGCUUCUCGUUUACCUCCGGUUGAGGAGAUUCGUACGGUUCUUGACCGUAGUGUGCGUGGAGCCCUCUCUACUGUUUCGCAGAAGCAUGAUGGUUAUCCAUCAGGGUCAAUGGUUGACUUUGCAUGCGAGGCAGAUGGAUCUCCGAUUUUAGCUGUUAGUAGCUUGGCGUUUCAUUCAAAGGACUUAGCAGCUAAUGGUAAGUGUUCAUUGCUUGUGGCUAGAGAUCCUGAGGAUAGGACAGAUUUAGUGAUAACUCUGCAUGGUGAUGCUAUUCCUGUCUCUGAAAUUGAUAAAGCAUCUGUUCGCAAUGCAUAUUUGGCGAGGCAUCCCAAUGCUUUUUGGGUUGACUUUGGCGACUUCCAAUUUCUGCGCAUUCAACCAAAAGUGGUGAGAUAUGUGUCCGGGGUUGCGACGGCUUUGCUAGGAUCUGGAGAGUUUAGCAAUGAGGAGUAUAAAGAUGCAAAAGUUGAUCCAAUUGCUCAGUUCUCUAAGCCUGUCGUGACUCACAUGAACAAGGAUCAUGCUGAUGACACAAAAGUCAUUGUGCAACAUUCAACAUCUAUUCCGGUUGACUUUGCUUACAUGCUGGACUUGGAUAGCCUUGGUUUCAAUGUUAAGGCGGGUUAUCAAGGAAAUACCUUCAAGCUUCGAAUACCUUUCCCCAGACGUGCAGAGGAUCGGAAGGACGUGAAGACCCUUAUAGUGGAAAUGCUACGUGCUGCUAAACCUCAAGUUGAUUGAUCUAACAGAAUUGAAGAUCUUAAGAGGAUAUUGGACUUGAGAUUGGUGACUAAAUAGAAAUCUGGUGGGAUAGAAAGGGACCUGCUCGGCUACUUUGAUGGAUUAAUGUUAUGUCCAAAUUGUCAAUGCAAAUUACCUAAAAACUAGUGUAUAUAAACGAUACCUUUUU